AAUCUCUUCUGCAUCAAGGGAAAAUUAUCGGCUCUCUAAUUUCGGGUGCCUCUUCCAAAUUUCUUCAAUUACCCAAACCACCCAAACAUCCAUUUUCUCUUCAACUUUCACGAAUUACGCAAGGUAGACCGUCACCAUGGGUCGCGUGAUUCGUAACCAGAGAAAGGGUAACGGCGGUAUCUUUACCUCCAACACCCACCUACGCAAGGCCCCGGCCAAGUUUCGAUCCCUCGACUACGCUGAGCGACAUGGCUACGUACGAGGAGUUAUCAAGGAUAUAAUCCACGACCCCGGUCGUGGUGCUCCCCUUGCCCGCGUCGUCUUCCGAUCGCCCUACAAGUUCAAGCAGGUCACCGAGACCUUCAUCGCCAACGAGGGUAUGUACACGGGUCAAUUCAUCUACGCCGGCAAGAACGCCGCCCUUACCGUCGGAAACGUCCUCCCCCUCUCCUCCAUGCCCGAAGGUACCGUUAUCUCCAACGUCGAGGAGAAGGUUGGUGACCGAGGCGCUCUCGGCCGUACCUCCGGCAACUACGUCACCGUUGUCGGCCACAACCCCGAUGAGGGCAAGACCCGAAUCAAGCUCCCGUCCGGUGCCAAGAAGGUUGUCUCCAGCAGCUCUCGAGGAAUGAUCGGUAUCGUUGCCGGUGGUGGCCGAACAGACAAGCCCCUCCUGAAGGCCUCGCGCGCCAAGCAUAAGUUCGCCGUCAAGCGAAACUGCUGGCCCAAGACUCGUGGUGUUGCCAUGAACCCUGUCGACCAUCCUCACGGUGGUGGUAACCAUCAACACAUCGGUAAAGCCUCUACUAUUUCCCGAUGGGCGGCGCAAGGUCAAAAGGCGGGUCUCAUCGCGGCCAGACGGACGGGUCUGCUGCGUGGUACCCAGAAGACGAAGGAGUAAAAAUGGGUUCUCCAGGUCAUGGUUCAUCACGGCGGUUGGAGUUUUACUUGAUUGCACUUUGCAUCUCUCUAGGUACUUGGCGAGCUACGAUAUGAGAUAGGCUCAAUGGAAGUACCCGGCAUCAGAUCCUUUCUGCACAUAUGCAUAUUAUUUUCCAAGUUGUCAUCCCUUUCGUGAAAUUAGUGAAAGCUGGAGAUGGAGAGCUAUUACGAAGGAUUUGCUGCAUUAUGUAGGAUGAUGAUAAUUAAGUACCUUUAGGUAUCAGGUACCUACCUAGGUAAAAGGCAUACUUCGUAAAAAACAACAACAACCAUAUGGUUUAGUGGAGAUGCUAGGUAUUCCAAAAAGAUGAAUUCCCGAUCCCAAAAAAAAAGAGAGUUGUCUCGCGUGACAAUGGUUGACGAAUUGGAACCGUAUGUUUCGUUGGUAGCGUUUUAUGUAUCUAUAAACAGCCUAAUCAUAUGAUGGGGAUUAGUGUUGAUAAAAGUUGCAUACAUAAAUACUCUAGGUUAGUCAAAAUACCUCCUUCUAACCUUA